AGGCGGCGAGGCUUGUCUUGGGUUAUAUAUAUGUAAGCAGGUAGGCACCAUCUCUUCCUCGUAGCAAAGCUUUUCUUCACCUUCUAACAAGCCUCUUUUUCAUCACCUUGAGCUCUUUUUCAUCACCUUGAGAUAUACUAAGAGAAGCAAAGAUGAGUGUAGAGAUAUUGGAUGGAGCCACCAUUCGUGACUUCGUAGAGGAUGAGAGGGCCUUCAACGGGACGGUCGAGGAGCGGUUUUCCAGCCUCGACACCAACUGUGAUGGCUUGCUCUCAUAUGCAGAGAUGGCGAAGGAGUUGAUGAGCCUUAGAGUACUCGAGACCCACUUCGGCAUGGAUGAGGUGAGAUUGAGCCCUGAUGAGCUUGUCCAGCUCUAUCGCGGCCUGUUUGCUCGGUUCGAUCAUGACGGCAAUGGAACGGUGGAUCUGGAGGAGUUUCGGGCAGAGAUGAGGGAGAUGAUGCUCGCUGUGGCGAACGGGCUCGGGUUCUUGCCGGUCCAAAUGGUGGUGGAGGAGGGGAGCUUCCUCAAGAUGGCUGUGGAGAGGGAGUCGGCAAAGUGAUCUAGUUAAUUUCUUUUUAACUGGGGACCUUAUAUAGCCUUAUUGAGCUAUCACUAUAAAUAUUGAGUUUGAUUUGCGACUUUCUAGUUAGAUCUUCGGGAGGGCCGGGUUCUGACUCUUUUGUACCGGGGGUUUUCCUGUUUUUAUUUUAUUAUUGUCAUCAGUAUUUCAUUUUCUUAAUGAACUUUAGAUGACCGUAUAGAGUUUUUUCUCGAAGGAUAUAUAUUAAUUUAUUUGAUCGA